AUGUCUCUGCCCGGCCACCUCCUGCCCGUCUUGGUCCUGCUCCUGGCAAGGUCCCCGAGCUGGGCCUGGGGCCCCAGCCGCUGCAGACCCCCUGGCGAGGCCGUGUGCAACUUCGUGUGUGACUGCAGGGGCUGCCCUGACGAGGCCCAGUGCGGUUACCACGGGGCCUCACCCACCCUGGGCGCCCCCUUCGCCUGCGACUUCGAGCAGGACUCCUGUGGCUGGCGGGACAUUAGCACCUCUGGCUACAGCUGGCUCCGAGACCGGGCAGGGACCGCGCCGGAGGGUCCAGGUCCGCGCUCGGACCACACUCUGGGCACUGACCUUGGCUGGUAUGCGGCUGCUGGCACACACCGUGGGAGAGAGGCGGCCACCGCAGCCCUGCGCUCCCCAACCCUGCGUGAGGCAGCCCCCUCCUGUGAGCUGAGCCUCUGGUACCACGUGGCCUCUGGAGGUGUGGCCGAGCUGCGGCUGGAGCUGACCCACGGUGUGGAGACACUGACCCUGUGGCGGAGCUCGGGGCCCUGGGUCCCAGGCUGGCAGGAGCUGGUGGUGCCCACCGGCCGCAUCCAGGGUGACUUCAGGGUGACCUUCUCUGCCACCCGAAACGCCACCCGCAGGGGUGCUGUGGCCUUGGACGACGUGGCCUUCUGGAGCUGUGGGCUGCCCACCCCGCAGGUGCACUGCCCCCUGGGGCAUCACCAUUGCCAGAACAAGGCCUGCGUGGAGCCCCACCAGCUGUGUGACAGGGAGGACAACUGCGGCGAUGGUUCAGAUGAGGACACGCCCACCUGCAACCACCACACGGCCACCGAUUUUGAGAGGGGCCUGGGCCUGUGGAACCACUCAGAGGGCUGGGCCCGGAACCACAGUGCGGGCGGCCGGCAGCACCCAGCCUGGCCGCACCGUGACCACAGCCGGAACAGCGCGCAGGGCUCCUUCCUGGUAUCCGUGGCCGAGCCCAGCGCCCCAGCCAUCCUCUCCAGCCCCGAGUUCCAGGCCUCGGCCCCCCAGAAGUGCUCGCUCACCUUCUAUCACUACCUGCAUGGGUCCGAGGCCGGCUGCCUCCAGGUGUUCCUGCAGACGAGGAGCCCUGGCGCCCCCCAGGCUGCUGUCCUGCUGCGCAGGCGCCACGGGGAACUGGGGGCCGCCUGGGUCCGAGACCGCGUUGACAUCCAGAGCAAGCACCCCUUUCGGAUUCUCCUGGCCGGGCAGACGGGCCCAGGGGGCGUCGUGGGCCUGGAUGACCUCAUCCUGUCUGACCACUGCAAACCAGUCCCAGAGGUGGCUGGCCCACCUCCUGGGCUCUGGGCUCCAGGUCCCCGGUCCCAGCUGUCCAGCCUGCAGCCCUGGAAUUUCUGCGAGCCCGGACAUCUCUUGUGUGGGGACCUGUGUGUCCCCCCGGAGCAGCUGUGUGACUUCCAGCAGCAGUGCCCUGGGGGCGAGGACGAGCAGGUUGCAGGCACCACGGACUUUGAGUCCCCCUCGGCCGGGGGCUGGGAGGAUGCCAGCGUGGGGCGGCUGCAGUGGGUGCGUCUCCCGGCCCAGGACAGCGGGAGCCCUGGCAUGGACGCCAGCGGGGCCGCUGGGCACUUCCUGUCCGUGCAGAGGGCCUGGGGGCAGCUGGCAGAGCAGGCCCGCGUCCUCACACCCACCCUGGGCCCCUCUGGCCCCCGCUGUGAACUCCACAUGGCUUACUAUUUUCAGAGUCACCCCCAAGGCUUCCUGGAGCUGGUCGUGGUGGAGGGCAGCAGCCGUGAGCUGGUGUGGCAGGCCGCGGGCAGCCGCUCCGGGCGCUGGAAAGUGGACACAGUCCUUCUAGGGGCUCGCCACCGGCCCUUUCGGCUGGAGUUCGUUGGGCUGCUGGACCUGGACGGCCCUGGCCAGCAGGGCGCCGGGGUGGACGGCGUGACCCUGAAGGACUGCAGCCCUGCAGCAGUCACCGAGAAAGGUGACCACCAGAUCUCCUGUAACUUUGAGCGGGGCACCUGCGGCUGGCACACCGGCCACCUCACCGAUGCCCACUGGCAGCGAGUCGAGAGCCGUGGCCCUGGGUAUGACCACACCACGGGCCAAGGCCACUUCAUGCUCCUAGACCCCACGGAACCCCCAGCCCAGGGCCCCGGUGCUCACCUGCUCACCUGGCCCCAGUCACCCGCGGCUGCUCAGGAGUGCCUCUCCUUCUGGUACCACCUCUAUGGGCCCCAGACCGGGACUCUGCGCCUGGCAAUGAGGCGAGAAGGGGAGAGAGAAAGGCACCUGUGGUCGCGGUCUGGCACCCACGGCAACCGCUGGCAUAAGGCCUGGGCCACCCUCCACCACCCGCAGGACUCCAGCACCAAGUACCAACUGCUGUUCGAGGGCCUCCGGGAUGGGUACCACGGCACCAUGGCGCUGGACGACGUGGCUGUGCGGCCCGGGCCCUGCUGGGCCCCCAAGCGCUGCUCCUUCGAGGACUCGGCCUGCGGCUUCUCCACGGGAGGCCGGGGCCUCUGGACACGCCAGGCCAACGCCACGGGCCAGGCGGCCUGGGGUCCCCCUGCAGACCACACCACAGAGACGGCUCAGGGGCACUACAUGGUGGUGGACAUGAGCCCGCAGGCCCUGCCCCGUGGCCACGUGGCUUCCCUGAUUUCAGAGGAGCACAGGCCCCUGGCCCAGGCCGCCUGCCUGACCUUCUGGUACCACCUGAGCCUCCGCAACCCAGGCACCCUGAGAGUCCACGUGGAGGAGGCUGAGAGGAGGCAGGUGCUCCGCAUCAGUACCCAUGGAGGGUUUGCCUGGCGCCUGGGCAGCGUGGACUUGCAGGCCGAGCGGGCCUGGAGGGUGGUGUUUGAGGCCGUGGCCGCCGGCGUGGAGCGCUCCUACGUCGCGCUGGACGACCUGCUUCUCCAGGAUGGGCCCUGCCCUCGGCCAGCUUCCUGUGACUUUGAGGCUGGUCUCUGUGGCUGGAACCAUCUGCCCUGGCCUGGCCUGGGCGGGUACAGCUGGGACUGGAGCAGUGGAGCCACGCCCUCCCGCUACCCCCAGCCGCCUGUGGACCACACCCUGGGCACAGAGGCAGGCCACUUUGCUCUCUUCGAAACGGGCGUGCUGGGCCCAGGGGGCCGAGCGGCCUGGCUGCGCAGCCAGCCACUGCCCGCCACCGAGGCCUCCUGCCUCCGCUUCUGGUACCACAUGGGCUUUCCUGAGCAUUUCUACAAGGGUGAGCUGAGGGUACUCCUGAGCAGCGCCCGGGGUCAGCUGGCCGUGUGGGGCGCGGGCGGGCGCCUGCGGCACCAGUGGCUGGAAGGCCAGGUGGAAGUGGCCAGCGCCGAGGAGUUCCAGAUCGUGUUUGAAGCCACUCUGGGCGGCCAGCCGGCCCUGGGGCCCAUUGCCCUGGAUGAUGUUGAGUACCUGGCCGGACAACGUUGCCAGCUGCCUACACCCAGCCGGGGAGACACAGCAGUGGCCACGUCGGUGCCAGCGGUGGUUGGCGGCACCCUCCUCCUCCUCACGCUGCUGGUGUUGCUUGGACUUGUGGGACAGCGCUGGCUGCAGAACAGGGGGGGCUGCCCCUUCUGGGGCGAGACGGACGCCGUGGCCCCCAGCUUUGACAACGUUCUCUUCAACGUGGUAGGUGCCACCCUGCCAGCAUCGGUCACCAAUGACCAGCAGAUGAUGCAGAGAAGACCCCGUGGCCCAGGGACCAACACCUUCCCCAUCCCCCAAGGACGCGUCGAGUCCCUGCAUCCCUCACCCUCACAGGGGCCGCAGCUACAUACCCCAGCAAUAAGUGCCCUGGCCCACAAGGGACCCCCCGCUGGCCAGCCAAGUGGCUCAGGAGACCGGAAACAGGCAGGCCCCGGAGACGGCGCCAGGGGCUGGAGGCACCAGGAGGGAGGCGCAGCGGGACCUGAGAAGCCCCUGCCCCAGGCCGAGCGAGCCUCCGGCCAGCCUAGUGGGACUCCGACCCAGGCCCAUCAGGGGCCCCGCCUCACCGGGCAAUUCUGCAUCUGA